AUUAUCUGCCUGCAGGACUUCUUUGGCGAGGACGAUGUGUUCAUAGCAUGUGGGCCAGAGAAGUACCGUUAUGCACAGGAUGACUUUGUGUUGGAUCACAGUGAAUGCAGAGUGUUAAAGACAUCGUACAGUCGCUCUGCCACCCCAAACCGGACCGCUAAGAGCCCCAGGACUUCUCGACGCAGCAAAUCUCCGGGUGCAGCGAGGCGGCCUGUCCACUACUCCACCAGUCAGUCUCCAGUCAAAUCCCCAGUGAAUGGCAUCUCAGCUCCCAAGUCCACCAAGUCCUCCACUCCGUCUCCUACCAGCCCCCAAACUAUUAGUCUGAAGAUCCCGUCAUCAAAUCCCAUCUUCUCGCUGAACGGGUCCCUGAAUAACCACCAGGAACAAACCCAUGAGCUGAGUCCAGAGGUUAACGGGAACCAGUUCUUGCCGUCGUCAAGCAUCUUAGAAAAAUACAAGAUUGGCAAAGUCAUCGGAGAUGGGAACUUUGCUGUCGUCAAGGAGUGUGUGGAGAGGUCCACGGGGAAGGAGUUCGCUCUCAAGAUCAUCGACAAGGCCAAAUGCUGCGGAAAGGAGCACCUCAUAGAGAAUGAAGUGGCUGUGCUGCGGAAGGUCAAACACCCCAACAUCAUCAUGUUGAUAGAGGAGCUGGACUCUCCGUCUGAACUGUGUCUCGUCAUGGAGCUCAUCAAGGGAGGGGAUCUAUUUGACGCCAUCACGUCGUCCGCCAAGUACACAGAGAGAGAUGCCGGCGUCAUGGUCUAUAAUCUUGCCGGGGCUCUGAAGUAUCUGCACAGCAUGAGCAUCGUCCACAGAGACAUCAAACCAGAAAACCUGCUGGUGUUUGAGUAUCCAGAUGGCACCAAGUCGCUGAAACUGGGAGACUUCGGCCUGGCAACAGUGGUGCAGGGACCGCUGUACACCGUGUGUGGCACUCCCACAUAUGUGGCUCCUGAAAUCAUUGCCGAGUCGGGCUAUGGUGUAAAAGUGGAUAUCUGGGCUGCAGGUGUGAUCACCUACAUUCUCCUGUGUGGUUUCCCCCCGUUUAGAAGUGAAAAUAACCAUCAAGAGGAGCUGUUUGAUCAAAUCCUUCUUGGUCAGCUGGAGUUUCCAACUCCUUACUGGGACAACAUCACAGACUCAGCUAAGGAGCUGAUCGGAAAGAUGCUGCUGGUGGACUCAGAGGCUCGAUACACGGCGCAAGAUGUCCUGUCACACCCAUGGGUCACGGACGACGCAGUCACGGAGAACAAUAUGAAGGCGGAGGUGACAGGUAAACUGAAGACACACUUCAGCACGGAACCAAAGCGCAGCAAAACGCCGGCCGGAGUGUCGGUCAUCGUGAACACAGCUCUAGAUAAGGAGCCCCUUCAGCUCAUCGCCCGUCGUCAUCGUUCAGAACAACAGACAGUGCCAAGUCCUCAAGGAAAGAAAGUCCAGUCCGCUCUCCAGGACGAACCACCUUCUCCAACCAAAGAGGCGUCGCCUCCUCCUUUCCUAAAAUCCACUGAGACUGUUUCAGCCGAGGCCGCCCAGAGCACAGAGACCACCUCUGACCCCCCCGCCCUGACCAACAUGCCAGCAGUCGCUGAGCUCCAGCAGCCUCCAUCAGCUCCUCUAAGUUUGCUGGAGUUCUCCGCUGAUACCCCCCCCAUCUCCUCCCCACCGGACACAGAGAUGCCUCCAUCUCUUUUUCCUGAUCCGUGCUCACCUCUGGAGCCUCGUCCCCCCUCUGACUGUCCUCUCUCCACCUGCACGGCCUCCUCUUCACCAGUGUCCUGUCCUUCUCCUUUAUCUCCCACCAAAUCCAAUCUAAACCACUCUCCCCCCGCCGAGCAGGCCUCCCCGUUCCCCGUCUCCCCCCUCCAACCCGCCGUACUCUUCCCUCUCUCUUCCCCAGGAAAGCAAGAGCUGCCUUCCCCUUCUCCCGUCCAUCCAACCCUUUUCCCCUCUCCCCCCUCCACCCCUCCGGCCGGCCCUCCUUCUCCCAGCCAUCUGCUAGCUGAAGAACUUGAGGAGGAAUUCUGA